GGUUGUCGUUGAUGACGUCUUCGUUUAUAGUGAUGUUGAUGAUACAUUUUGCCGGCCUACAAUCACGACAUAUCAUUUUCUCCUCAUCUUCCUUCUGAUUUGAAGAGAAAAUCUUCUCUCCACUUGCACACUUUGUCUGGUUAUUCGAUCAAGAUGAACGACUUGCUCACGGAUUCAUUUGUUGGUGAUGCGAAAAACCGGCCUCCGAAUACUGGUGAUGUUGAGAUGGGUAUGCGGGAUCCGAAGAGUGACUCCAAUGCAGGAAUGGAAGCUUUCAAUAAGCAGAUACAAGAGGUCGAGAAACAAGUGGAGAGACUGUUGGCGCUACUUAAGAAACUUAAGGAUGCAAAUGAGGAGUCAAAGUCUGUAACAAAAGCAGCUGCCAUGAAAGCCAUCAAGAAGCGCAUGGAGAAAGAUAUUGAUGAAGUCGGAAAGAUUGCACGUAAUGUCAAGGCCAGACUAGAAGCAAUAAACAAAGAUAACUUGGCAAAUCGACAGAAACCUGGAUGUGAAAAGGGAACAGGUGUUGAUAGAUCUAGAAUGAACAUCACAAAUGCUUUGACAAAGAAGUUCAAAGAUCUUAUGACCGAGUUUCAGACUCUGCGACAAACAAUCCAAGACGAGUAUCGAGAAGUUGUGGAGAGAAGGGUUAUCACAGUUACGGGAACCAGACCAGACGAAAAGACUAUCGACAACCUGAUCGAAACCGGUAACAGUGAGCAAAUCUUCCAGAUGGCUAUUCAACAGACAGGAAGAGGACAGGUGCUAAAUACUCUGGAAGAAAUCCAGGAGAGACAUGAUACUGUGAAGGAAAUUGAGAAGAGGCUACUAGACCUGCAUCAGAUUUACCUGGACAUGGGAGUCCUGGUUGCUGCCCAAGGAGAGAUUUUAGACAACAUAGAAAAUCAGGUGACAAACGCUGUGGAUCAUGUUCAACUGGGCACGGAUGCUCUCCGCACAGCAAAGAGCUUGCAAAAGAAGUCGAGGAAAUGCAUGAUGAUAGCCAUUAUCUUACUCCUGGUCAUCGCAAUCAUCGUCGUCCUCUCUAUUUUGAAGCCUUGGAAGAAGUGAUCAACAGAGUUUGGGAUAUUCAGUAUCAGUUCACCCAAAAAAAGAACACACUAUAGAACUUUUCUCUUUUAAACACCAACAUGAACCUUGCAAGCUGAAAUGUCCAUCUCUCUUCCCUUUCCUUUCCUGUCAUGUUAGUUUUAUUUCCUGUUUUCAGUAACCUUCCAAGCUGCAAUCAUUGUGCCAUUAACUGU